GACCAGGGAAAAGGUCAAAUUACGAGGUGUCGAUUGCAUCUUGACCCGUUGAUAAGGUCAGUCGAGGUCGGGGCAGCCAUUCGGACGCACCUCCACCAAUCUCUUCUCUUUAAUCACGGGAAAUCGUCCUUUCUCGUACAUAUUGUCGACAUGUUGAUCCGAGGGCUUGCCACUCUCUCCCUCCUAGCCUCCAUGGACAAAAUAGCCCCCGCUUGAACACCCUCUCCUGCUGUUUUCUUUUAUUUGCCAUUUCAUUCAGUUCAAAUUAGGUUUUAGGGAGCCUAGGGAGGGUUUGUGUUUGCUUUUAUCACAUUCUCUAUUGCCGCCUCGCGCGUAUAGAACCAAUAAUGGAAGAGGCUAAGUCCGUCGUGCCAAGUGGAGUUUAUGGCAUCCCGAAGUGGAUCAUGAAGAAGGGCAUGAGGUAUGAGGUGGACGACUUCAUUGUGUCUCCUCCGUCACACGAGGACGGGGAGUUCCUGAGGCUGCGAUAUGGCCGCAACCGUGACCAAGACACGGCUCAACAGGAGGCUGGCCAGGAUGGGGGCAUGACUGUGGAGGUGAGAGACGACACCCUGCAGUUCUCCAACACCCCUCCCACGACCACCACUAUCUCCAUCGGUCCGGGAGGCCUGUCAGUGGAGUCGUCACCCCUCACCACCCCGGAGACUGCCACAGAGACCUCCGAUGUCCACCCGUUGCUGGUGCUGCCUAUGAACUUCGGGGGAGAACCCAAAUUUGUAGUGAAGACAGAGUUCGUAGAUUUCUCCAAGACCACCGACACAGAAACAUUUGGUCCCACAGCAUCCAAGGAGCCAGCCAAGGAAGCCCCCACCAUCACCACCACCACAGUCUCCCAACAUACCAGCCUGCCCGCCGUGGCCCACGAUACCAGCACACUAUUCGAGAAGGUCCAAGCGCUCUCCCUCAUCACCAGCCCCAGCCAGAGCAUCGAGCCCUCCCCUGUGACCAGCCCACACCUCUCCCCAAGAACUUCGCCACUAGCUCAGCGUAGGUUUGGAGGAUUGGCCAUGGAAUCGAGGAGGAAGAUUUCAGCCCAUAGCUACUUCUGCACCAAGCAAUUUCAAGACCCACAGAGAGAUGCUGCGGGGAACGUCAACCUGCGGGAGGAGAGAGGGCUCAGCCUGGAGACCAACAUGCGGGCCGCCCAGCUGGAGGAGGGAGCCAUCGCCCAGCACGCCCUCGACGCUAAGAUGAUGGGGCGCAAACGUAGGCAGCCCAAGCCCUCCACACUCCGGGAAAUGAACUUCUGGGCUCCGACAUCGAUGUAAUGACGCCUGCAGGGUGCGUCUCUCCCCAAUGGCCUUUCGCACGCUCUCCCUCAGUGCUCGUGAACUCCUCAAGCAUUCAUGACGUGAUUAAAUUUUGACAUCAUUUUAACGUUUGGACUCCACAGUUUGAGUUCGCUCCACUCAGGACUCGGGCAUUUUUACCAGAGAGUCCUCCACGCCAUUGUGUUUUACCAGCCAAGUCUUUCCAUAUGGCCUAAAUUUAAGUUCGUUUAGCUGUUGUUGUUGUAGCCGAAACCUUACUUACUUAGCCCACGAUGUAUGAUUUUAUUACGGAAGGAGAUAACCCCUUUAUUCCUGUUGAGAUAACUUGUAUGUUUAUUUGAUGCAUGCAGCUCUUGUACCCCUAUCUUCUGCAGCAGUGUUUUCAUAGCAGUCUGUUUAUGUUUCGUGCAGGUUCAAGCUUCAUUGUUUUACCAGAGUUCCCGCUGAAUGUGUAAUCCCACCUGCAGUCCUCCCUUCUCUUACACUGUUGCCUUAAGGAGGAUCAAAUACUACUUUAAACUCACCCCAACUCCAUACAAGGGCAGUGUCAUUCAGUGUGGAUGCUAUGAAUACACAAAGGCCAUACUUAUAUAUAUAUAUCAAAGUCGUCUUCAUAACUGCAGUAAACUUCACCUUAGAUGCCAAAAUAUUCUCUUUUGUUAUAGUUUCUUUAUACCUCAGUGACUGGUCAUGGCAUUUAUACACUUUCUAUGCAGGGUUGCCUCUGUGUGUGCCAAGAAUGAUGGGGGGUUUUUUCUUGUAUUUUUUUUUGUCUGAGUAUGCCAUGAUCAGUUUGUUGUGAGUGACCAUAAGCUCCCUUGACAAGUAGUGCAGCCCUUUCAAUACCUUGUUACUGUGUUAAGUCAGGAUUGCUUAAUGCUUCUAGAGUAACACUUCAAUGCAAUGAUAUAUAGGCGUCCGCAGAAGAAGGGGCCUAAGGGACUAAGCCAUUUUUUUCUAAUUUGAAGUAUGAAAGUCAGGCUAGGCAACAUCCAAGAACAAAAUACAAGUUGCAAGGGAAAAGUGACCCUUGAAUCACCAAAUACAAGGUUGCUUUUCACUACUAUCUUGUUCUUAUGAUGUGUAGCCUGACUUUCUUACUGCAAACUAGAGAAAAAUGGCUUUGUCUCCUGGAAAAACAAGAUAUCGGUUGCAAGGGAAAAGUGACCCUUGAUACACCAAAUAUAAGGUUGCUUUUCACUACUAUCUUGUUCUUACGAUGUGUAGCCUGAAUUUCUUACUGCAAACUAGAAAAUAAUGGCUUUGUCUCCUGGAAAAACAAGAUAUCGGUUGCAAGGGAAGCAGUUGCAAGGGAAUAGCGAUCCUUGGUACAUCAAAUAAAGAUUGCAUUUCA